AUGACUCUAUGCUACCCUCAUAGAGAAAACCAUAAUCUAGAUAGGGCAAUUGCAUUAUUGAAGAAAAUUAAAGAACAGAGAAGUCAACUGGAUGUGUAUUCAUACACACUAAUCAUUGAUAGCCUGUGCAAGGAUGGAAGACUUGCGAAUGCACGAGAGGUUUUUCAGUAUCUUUUGAUUAAAGGCUAUCAUCUAGAUGUUUCGACAUAUAUUGUGAUGAUCAAUGGAUUUUGUAGAAAGGGCUUUUUUGGUGAAGCUUUAGCCUUUCUGUCAAAAAUGGAAGAUGCUGGUUGCAUUCCCAAUGUUGUAACGUAUGAGAUAAUUAUCCGUGCUCUCUUAGAAAAUGAUGAGAAUGACAAGGCAGAGAAACUUCUCCGUGAAAUGAUUGCUAGAAGGCUAUUCCAAGAGCAAAACUAG